AGUCAACCAACCCCUCUCAGCCAUCUCUCUCUUUUCCCGCACAUUCACUGUACCUUUUUCUUAUCACUUUGAUCACCUUUUGCCUACCAAAAAGGAUGUCUCAGAGGGCGAAUCGACACCAGAGGAGGCCAUCACAAAGCGUGUUUGUGUUCCCUGACAACCUCUCAGCUCCUUUCUCUGACAAUGAUGGAGGAGAUAAGGUUGCUCCGCCAAGUCAGGUUCAGCUGCCACCUAAAGAAAACGGUGUGGUGCCAAUACCGCCACCAGCAAAGUCCUCGGAGUCGGAGGAAGUGGCCAAAGAUAUUGAUAAUGAGAGAGAAUUGGUUGCAGCCACCGAGAAAUAA